AUGUUCUCUACACAUUGGAAGCUGCCAUACAUCACCAGCUGGUUUUCCUUUCUUCCACGCUCCCUUCAUUCUUUCAAUUUCGACGUAUCUACUUAUAAAUACUCCGAAAACAUGGAAGAAGACAACAGCAGAUGGAGGUUGUUAAGCAGGCUGAGAACAGUCGUCAAGAAGGUCACUUUUCUUAUGAACUCAAAUGUAAACCGGUGGCGCGCUGUCUCCUCUUUCAUAGGUCGAUCAGGUAGUCGCAGGCGGCUGAGCUUUGGGGAACGACUAGGGUUGACAGCAAUACUGUCAUCCUCCGAUGAUGAAGAACAAGAACAAGAACAUGAUAAUCAUUGUGAUUCUGGUUCUUGUUCUCAUGUAAAGGAGUUGGAGAAGACGAGAAGCUUUCAUAUACAAAGAACCAUGAGUUUUCCUGAAGAAGAUGAUGUGGAUAAGAGAGCUGAGAUGUUUAUUGAGAACUUUUAUCGACAAUUAAGAUACGAACGGCAAGUUUCUUUGCAACUUAGAUGA